CGCCACUGCGGUCUGUCAUUUUUCCACGGAUCACCGCGCUGCCAGUCGGGGUACAAACGACGUGUCAGUGACUGCUGGCGACAUUUGCACACCGCUCCACCUGUCGAGAGGACGCUCUACCGGCGCUGUGAACCUCUCUGAACAUCAGCUCGGCGUUCCGGAACCCCUGACUGCUAGUUCAAUAGCUCGAAAUUGGCGAUAAGUGACAUCAUGUUACCUUCAAUUCAUAAUAUCGUUCACAUUUGGCUCAUCGCCCUCCUGGCGUCCACCGGCGGCUGCUACGUCCAGCCCACCGGAGUGUUGAACGGCCUGGACCUGAAGCUGCUAAAGGCGGUGACCAGCGACCUCAGCGCCAACAGGCCCGUGUCGCCGUUCGUCAUGUCCACCCUGCUCAGCCAGGUCUGGCUGGGCGCCAGAGGCGUCACCAGGAGCGAGAUGACUCCAGUGCUAGGCGUGAGGCCGAAUGCGCCGGAUUCGUUCCUGCCUUCCUACAAAUCAGCCAUCACCUACUUAUCGACCACGUCUGCAAACGUCAACACAUCAGUCUUCAAUGGGAUUUAUGUGAAGGACGAUACCACCGUUAAGCAGUCGUUUGCCGACGACCUGCAGACGUACUAUGGAGCUGAGGUGAACAAGUUCUCCACAGCUAAGGAGGCUGCCGACGACAUAAACGCCGCCGUAGCACAAACAACCAACAACCUGAUCAGAGACCUUGUCUCCGAGGGUGGCUUACAAGGCGUCAAAAUGGUACUGGUUAGCGCUCUGUAUUUCAAAGCUCUGUGGUUGGACGAAUUCCCCGACAUGAAUACAAAACAAGAAGAUUUUCUUACUAACAGUGGAAUUAAACAGGUGCCCAUGAUGAAAUUAAAGCAGAAGUACAUGAACUAUGUAAAGAUCGCUGGUAAGUUUGACGCCAUUUCGCUCCCAUAUCGCGACACUGAUUACAGCAUGGUGAUUCUGAGACCCCUGAGUCGGAGCAUGUCAGCCGUUCAGACAAUGCUAAACUCGCUGGAUUCAGUCGAUCUCGCUCAGCUCACAUCCCAGAUGCAGUCGAAAGUAUGUGACGUCCAUAUGCCUCGAUUUGAGAUGAAGGCUAAGUAUGAUAACCUGAAAGGCGAGUUCCAAUCGAUGGGAAUGAACAGAGUGUUUUCAAACAUGGCCGAUCUCAGCGGUAUAUCCACGACAUCUCUCAAGGUUGAUCAGAUCAUUCUGGAAGUGUUCAUGAACGUCACUGAAGUGGGAACGGAGGCCGCUGGAGCAGCCGCCAUUACCAUUGGUGUGACGAGUGUGAUAAUCCCCCCACCAACAGAGGUAGAGUUCAUCCUUGAUCGGCCAUUCAUUGCUGUUGUAUGGAAUUCCAAACACAAAAUGAGUCUGUUUGAGGCUUAUGUUGGCAACCCAUAAUCAAACGGCUUCAUUGCUUGUCUGUCAAAGCCAAGAAGUGCGUACAGCGUGUCUACGAAAUGUGUGGAAAUAGGGACCUUUGUGAUGGUCAUGGCACUACAGAUGUAACUCUCAAGCCCCGAAGCAUGAUGCACUGCUAGGCUCCUGUUGGGAACGGAAGGUCAGCAAGACAAUCCCUGCAUUCUGUUACGGUGGCAUAUCGGAGGAAUGUUUUGCUGUGAGUUACGUUGGCGCUCUUAAGCAGAAUAAAGUUACACUGCAAUGUACGCAAAACAUUAGAUGUGACCGCUCGUAAUUUUGACAAGGUUUAAAAAUACACUUAGAAGGAACGUUGAAAGUGUACAA